AUGACAAUAACAUCAACACCUCAAAGUUCGCUGACUGGCGAUGGGGCUGUUUGGGUUAGACAUCGAGAGGUUCUCAAGAUCCAGGCUCUGAUCCAGAAAACCCUCGAUGGUGUGGAAAAAUGGUGCGACAAAUGGGGUUUUACUAUCUCACCUGAGAAAACAAUCGGAGUGGUAUUCAAGCGGAAGGGUAGCAGAAUAUGCAACACACCCAGUCUCAAACUCAAGGGCAAAACGAUCAAAUUUGAGAAAUCAGCUAAGUUCCUCGGGGUUACUUUUGACCAACACCUCACAUGGGCAAAACACAUAGACAGCAUAGUCAUUAGGUGUGAGAAAGACCUCAAUGCAAUAAGAGCUACAUCCGGUAGCUCUUGGGGAGCAAACAGCGAUACUCUCCUGACCCUAUAUAAGACCCUCAUCAGAAGCAAAAUAGACUAUGGGUGUGAAGCAUACCACAGCGCCUCUAAAACGGUUCUAAACCGGCUUGAAACGAUUCAAUAUCGUGCUCUUAAACUGGUUACGGGCGCGGCGGCCCAUACCUCCCACCAGGCCCUACUAGUGGAAACUGGGGAGCUACCACUCGAACUCAGGCGUGAGAAGAUGACAUUGAACUAUUGGAGUCGCUGCUCCAAUCCACUUGUCACUAGACUAUGGAAAGAGGAACUCUACCCCGCAUGCAUGAAAGCAUGGCUCCAAAAGAGACCUGAUACAACUCCAGGCGGGGUCAGAGUCUUACAGCUUAGGCGAGAACACGGAUGCUACGGGGUAGAGCCUCCAACAUGUCAAACGACAGUGCAAUGUCCCCCAUGGGAAUUAAAAUCACCCAAUGUCGAUACCACUCUCACAAAAGAAGUGCCUAAAAGUGAGAACCCAAUGUUGCUACGAAGCAUUGCGCUUAGUAGGAUUGACUCACUUUACGAAGACUCGGCUCACAUAUAUACUGACGGAUCCAAGGAUCCUGUGAGAAAUAGAACCGCCUAUGGUAUCCAGAUAUACACAGCCUCUAACAACCAAACCAUCUCGGUCCGCCUCCCUGACGGACAGUCAGUCUACACAGCGGAGCUAGAAGCCAUACACCAUGCACUAAGGUACAGUGAAAACCUUAGAGAGAAAAGAGUGGUCAUCCUCUCUGACUCUCUCAGUGCACUACAGUCACUGGCAACUAAGCAUUCGAGCAGUAGACCUGACACCAUCCGAGACAUUUUGGUUCUCAUUCAGAAACUAAGAAGGGAGAAUGAGAAAAAGAUAACACUGUGCUGGAUACCAUCUCACAUAGACAUUCCCGGCAAUGAGAGAGCCGACAAACUAAACUGA